AGCUUCAUCCUGCAUACCUUUUUCUGCUCCUUACAGCCAUCAUGAGUUACUACCCAAACCAGUUGCCUCCAUUGCCUGAGGGGUGGGUUCAAGACUAUGAUCAGCGCGCGAACCACCCGUUCUGGGUGGAUACACGAGCAAAUCCACCCCGUUCGAUCUGGGUGCACCCAUACGAGGACGAGCAAUUCCUCCGCGAGCAUCCGGACAUUCGGGACAGGCUAGCUGCGGCUAGUGCUUCUGCUAAUCCCAACCUUGCUCCGCCGCCCUAUACUCCUAGACGGCAUUCGUUCUCGGGUCAAGGCGGCUCCAAGAAUGAAUACUUGAAUGUCGAUGACUCAAGGUAUGCGACAUCGCAGCCAGGGUCGCCUAGCCAGGGCGGGUCGUCAUCAAAGAGCUUCCUAAGCAACCUGAUGGGCAAGCCGCAACAACAACAACAACAAUAUGGUUACAACCAAAAUGGAAAUGCCGGGUACGGACAGUACCAGCCGCCACAGGGCAAUCCGACUUCGAGUGGACGGAAGUACCUGCCGCUCUUGGGUGGUAUGGCGGGUGGACUUCUGCUUGGAGAUUUGCUUGGUGGUGGUGGACACCACCACGGCGGUCUAUUCGGAGGCGGAUCCGGGCAGACGGGAGGCGGUGGGAUGUUCGGAGGACCAUUCGGCGGAGGAUUUGGGGGCGGCGGCGGCGGUCCAUUCGGCGGAGGAUUUGGGGGCGGCGGCGGCGGUCCAUUCGGCGGGGGAUUUGGGGGCGGCCCAUUCGGCUGUGGAGGUGGUCCGGGUCGGUUCUGAGCAGUCGAGAGGAUGUUUCUGUACUAGUACUUGCUUGAUGGCACAUGCAUGGGACGUACAUUGUACGAAUAUAUAGCUAUAG